CUAGAAAGUGUUGAACUGUAGAACCCCUAAUUCAAAGCUUGAACCUUUUCAUCCAAAACAGCAAGAACAACACACCCUCGCACAGAGGGGGCGUGGAAGAAUCGCAAGUGCUACUCUGUAGAGAUUUCAGCUGCUAAGCGGUUGCAUUGGAGAUUUCAGCUUCCACAAGUUUCUGUAUCCAUCUGACGGGGAGAAUAUUUUGGAGUUAUUGAAAUUUGGAAGUGCUGCUGACCUUAGAAAGAUUAGUGCUUGAAGAAAUCUAAAAGGAUAAUUUGAGAAGAUCCGUUAUGGACUCGAGUACUCAACAAUGGAUUAGGUAGAGGAAAUGGAUGUAACACCUGCUUCCGGUGAAUCCUCCUCAAGCAUGGUGGAUGGUUGUAGCAGGGAUGAAGAAAAUUGUAUAUUAAAUGAAGUGGAUUCGGUUGAAGUACCUGACAAUGGAAGAGUUUCAUUUGGAAAUGAAGAAAGUGGUCCUCAUGUUAAAGAUGGUGGAGAUAUGAAUGUCUUGAAACAAAAGGAAAAAGCACUCAUAGAUGACGUGGCUUCAAGAAUUUCUGAACUAGAGCUUCUUGAACAAGAAUUGGAAGUGAUGACAUCAGUAUCAGAAAUGGCAUUUGAUAAGCAACACUCCAUUGACUUCUAUGCCGACCAGUUGAAUGAACAACUACAAGCCAAAAGACAUAACCUUUUGAAGUUGGAGUCAGAGUGGGAUCCAGUAAGAAAAAGUUUGGAAGAGAAGAAGAGAAGUCUCGAGGACUCUUUAUAUUCAAGUAAUCCAGAUUUACAAGAAAUGCUCGAAAAGUUGCGAGAAUGUCAACAGGAAGAACAGCUCAUUCUAUCCGAAAUUAGAAAGAGGGAGGAAGAGCAAUCAAAGCUCUCUGCUGAUCUUGCAAAGCAGCCAAAAUCAUCAUCGAGGAAAUCAUACACUGAAAAAAUAAAAGAGAUAACAAAAAAUAGUCGCAAACAGGAUGCUGACAUUGAGCGUAUCUUGAAAGAAACUAGAGAGGUUCAAUUAGACAGUAACUCUAUCCAAGAACGCUUGCAUCGGACAUAUGCUGUUGCUGAUGAAAUUGUCUUUAGGGAAGCGAAGAAGGAUGCUACAGGGAGGCAGAUUUAUAGGCUCCUCACUAGCAUCCACCAAGGUUUUGAACAAAUAUCUCAGAAAAUCAUGGCAACUGAUAGAAUCAGAAGAGAAGUUGCUGAGUAUGAAAUGAAAUUAGCAGCUAUGACCCCAAGAAGCUUAGAUGCAAAAAAACUACAUGCUGAUGCUGAUAUCGAUGUCGUUGUUAAGGAAAAUGAUUAUUUUGAGCAUCCAUUCCAGGAGAAGUGAAUUUUGUUUCCAUUAGUUGUUGUGAAACCACCUUUUUUAACUGGAAAAUUACAUUGUAAUUGGAUUUGAUGUGUUCAAAGUUAAAUAGGACCACACUAACAUUUUCUUUGAAUGAUUUAGUAUUGAUGUAAUCAUGUUCCUUGGUAUUGUUCAUUGUAAUUUCUACAGGGCUUAAAUUUUC